ACUGUAAAUCUGUCUUGAUAACCUCAUCUAUGGAAACUGCCAUUUAUGACCAGCUGAUUUGUAAAAUAAUCGAUAAAGAAAAUAUUUCGGUAUGAAGUGCUCGUCGAUUUAAGACAUUUUUCUUCAAGAUAUACUUUAGAUGUUUUAAAAAUGUUCGGAAAUAUAAAGUGGUUUUUUUCGUUAAGUCUUGGAUCGCUGUUUUUAGCAUUUGUUAUUGCUUCUGUUGACAAUACUGAUCCGUAUAAAGUUCUGGGUGUCCAGAAAUAUGCCUCAUUUCAAGAUAUUAGAAGGGCAUACAAGCAUUUGGCUAAAAUAUGGCAUCCCGAUAAAAGUGAACAUCCAGAAGCAAGUAAGGAAUUUGUUAAAAUAAAACAAGCGUAUGAGUUGAUAAGCGACCCUGACCGUCGACGCAUGUAUGAUCAGCAUGGUAUACGUAAUGAGGAUGCACAUUAUUUUUCAUCUCGUUCAGACUUUUAUCGUAGUAAAACUUCUUCAGACCAGUUCGAAAACUUUUUUGGAAAGCAGUUCAAUAUGGAUAAUGACAUUAGUUUUUAUCACAGAAUAUCUAUUACAACUAAGAACUACGAAAAACACAUAGUCCCAAAGAGUGAGACCACACCGUAUAUGGUGAUAUUUUAUAAUGAUUGGUGUUUCCUUUGUAUUCGACUCAUCAAUUCAUUUAAAAAGCUUAUCAACGCUCUGGAACCGCUAGGAAUUAAUUUUGCUACAGUAAAUGCGGCAUAUGAACCAGCCUUACUGAAAAAAUCGGGAGUGAGUUCUAUUCCAAGCCUGGUUUUAGUUUUAGACGGACAUUGCUAUAUUUACCGAGGAAACAUUUAUACUUUGGCCAAAAUUAAAGAGUUCAUAAGAAAAAAGAUGCCAUACGCAACUACGCAGAGGAUAAAUGAUGAUAAUGUGGAUGCUUUUCUAGGAGGAUGGAUCGAUAAUAGAGUGCGUGCAUUAAUAUUUGAACCUAGAAAUCAAACUAGAUUGCAAUAUUUAAUAAGUGCAUACGCCUACCGGUAUAGAGUAGCAUUUGGAACCGUUCAGUUGAAUACCAGUAAAAGUGAGCGUAUUCAGAAUAUGUAUGAAGUUAAUUCAAGUUUGGACACGCUUCUGAUAUUUAAUGAGGAUUCCAGCAGACCACAUGCGACGGUUUCAUCUGCAAAUAUUCCUUCAAAAACGUUAAAUGAUGUUAUUUUCUCGAAUCAAUAUCUUUUGUUACCCAGACUGUCUUCUCAACAAGUAAUGGAAGGAGUUUGUCCAGUUGAAUGGAGUCAGCCGCGAAAGCGCUUAUGUGUUAUUCUUAUUACAGAAAAUAAUGAUUCGCACAACAACGCUCGUAUUGCUUUCAGAAAUAUUGCACUUCAAACUGAAUACAGCAGGGAAAGGGUACGAUUUGCGUAUAUAUUUAAGGAAAAGCAAAAGGACUUCAUCAACUCAAUUACCAGGGGAUCCAAAGACGGUCAACUGUCUGAAAUAGUAAUUAUUUGGCGGCGCGAUCAUACACAUAUAAGGUAUGAAUGGAUUAAAGGACUCCAUCUUAGCUGGGAUAUAAGCCUUUAUGCUUCAAAUCAAGACUUUAUAAACGUAACGCAGAAACACCUUGACAACACCAUACAGAGACUCUUAAAGACAAGUGAAUCUUUUGCCUACGAAACUUAUGUGAACAAUCUCUUCGACGAACAUGCUCAAACAUUAAUCAGCAUAUGGCUAUCCAAAUUGAGAUACACAAGUGAAUAUUUCAUGGAUAAUUUGGAAAAAGAACAUAUACUAGCUGCCUUAUCACUUUUGGGAACAAUAAUCUUUAUGUUUGCCGUGGGAUAUGCCAUGGUUUACUUUGUACGAAUUGAAGAAGAAAACUUAAAGGAAAAAGGCCAAUUAGGUGGAAACAAAGGCUUUUUGAAACAAAAUCGCAAUAAUCCUGAGCUGAAGUUGCAUGAACUAAGAGCUGAAAAAUAUAAUGGCAUGGUUCGCCUCUUAAAACCAGGGUGUAGGACAAUCAUUUUAGUUACGGAUUUGAAAACCCGAACAAAGCUAAUUCCAGAAUUUCACAAAGCCGUAUGGCCUUAUCGUAAAUCCAAAACGUUACUAUUUGGGCAUAUGCUGAUUGAAAAAGGGCUGCUUUGGUAUUCUGAAUUACUAAGAUUAUCUUUAUGUGAAUCGAAGACAUUAAGUAUAAACCCAAGAAAUUGUGUUGGUACUGUACUUGCUCUAAAUGGCCACAGAAAAUAUUUUUGCAUGUAUCACGCCAAGCAUCCUGAAUCUAUCCGAAACGGGAAGAGUUUGGUGAAAAUGACGAAACAACUUCAAAGAAAUACUACAGAUCCGGAAAUAGGCACAUUCGUAGAAAUCAAUUCCGAUGAUUCAGACUGUGAACCGAAAAUCCUUUUGGAAGAAAAUCUUUUGGAUGGAUUAAGUAAUUGGUUGGACAGAUUAUUCGAAGGAACAACGCAGAGAUACAAUAUUAAUUACUGGCCCGAUUUUCCAACUAAAUAAGAAUUAUAAUACCAUUGUUGCUUAAACAUAUACACAUAUGCGUGCACUUAAAAAGUGCUGGUAUUAAGAAUUUUAUAAACUUCCGUUGGUGCUUUUAAGUUGGUACUUUUCUAAUGUAAAUUUUAACGGAAGUUAGACGGAAGCUCUUCGAUUUCCAUACUGAGACAUGCUUCUAUCCGACAAUAUCUCAUAUAAAAGCUGUGGCAAACAUUCUUGCAUACACAUAUUUUAUAGCUCAGCCGUAGUUUCCUAAAUUUGCGAUUAAUUUUCGAGCACAUAAGCAAAUCAAUAUGAAUAUAUAUCUAUAAUUUAGAUUUAAACUUUAAUCCAGAGUCUGACUACUUUUUAAGACAUUCAAAGGCUUAUUAGCAGUGUUAGAAAGUAGUUGGAAUUUAACUAAAUGUCUGCACAAAAACAUAAAUAAAACUAAGCGAAGGCGUUUCCAUUCAGAAUAUGUUUACUGUUGGGUACUCUGCUACUCAGAGCCAUUUUUUGUUUACAAACAACAGAAACUAUAAUCAUCAAAAAUGAGAAAAAAAAAUAUUUAGUUGGUUAGUUUUAAU